CGGCGACCAUCGGCAGCCGGCGACGCCCAGCAUGCCGCCCUCACGCAUCAUCCACCUCAUCCUCCUCGCCACACUCUCGCUCCUCCUCACGCAAACCCUAGCCUCCUCCUCCCUGGCGCCCACUGCGACAACGGUGGUGGGGGUGGCUGCGGAGCUCGGGGACCCCUGCGUCGUGGCGGACGGUGACGUCGCGUUGUGCUCCGUGCGGUGCUUCCGCUCGGACCCAGUCGUCGUCACAUACUGGUGCGGCCGCCUGCGCGGGGCCCGCGUCGUGCGGCGCGGCUACUGCGAGGUCGGUGCCGGCUCCGCGCCCGUCUCUGGCCAGGCGCUGCUGCUAGUCCACAUCGUCUGGCUCUUCGUGCUCGGCGCCGCCACCCGCCACCGCCCUUCCCGUUUCCCACAGUCGUGCUCCCCUCUCCGAAUGUAA